AUGAGUGAGGAGGAAAUUGCAGCUGAGUUGCAAACUCAAGGUGUUACUGCUGUGAAGCGAUUCACCAAAAAGAAAGAUGAUGGUACUAUUAUGAAACUGAAUACGUACCUUUUUACAUUUGCUCUUUCUUCUAUUCCAAAGAGUUUAAAGGCUGGAUACUUCAACAUCGGAGUGGAGGUAUACGUACCAAAUCCACUCCGAUGCUUCAAAUGUCAACAGUUUGGUCAUGGGGCCAAGUUUUGCCGUAACAACACGGCGUGUUCCCGUUGUGGUGGAGCUCACGAGGGCUCUGAGUGCACCAAUACCAUCAAGUGUGCUAACUGCAACGGAGAACACUUGGCCUCAUCCAAGUCCUGUCCUAGAUAUGAGCGUGAAACUAAAAUUCAGAAAAUAAAACACACAAACAACAUAUCUUACUUUGAAGCAAAAACGUUGGUUCCUGCUCCAAAUAUUUCAACUGUUAAGUACUCAGCUGCAGUUUCCUCCCCAGCACUUGUUGCCAAACCUACCAUGUCAUCGACAUCCUGUCAAACUUCGAUAUCUUGGGUAGAUGAACAGCGCAUUCUGGAUGACCAUACCCAGUUUGCUCCUUCUCUGCCCAAUAUCUCCACGUCAGCCUCACAGACAGACAUUAUUUCACCAGAGCCUUCAGUAGAGUGA